AUGUCGUCCCCGAACGAGACGUUCCACGACUCUAACGAGCAGACGCCGCUGCUCGCUGACGCCAACGACACGACGGCAGGCCAGGCUGGGAAAGGGACUCAAAAGUCAUUCUUGCCGUCCAUCCUGCCCUGGCGCGGUCUUGCACACGGCCACUGCCGCCCUCCCAAGCCGCCGUCGACGCCUCCGCUCCCCGCGUCCGGUCCACCAGAUGCAUCGCCUGCCGCUUCUGGUGGCGGUCACAGCAGCACCGUCAACAGCAGCAAAUCGAGUCGACUUGCAGACAGACCGUCGGAUGGGCCUUUGGAUGGCACCGAUGGAACUGACAGCGCUCAUGGCAGCCCCGGGGUCGUCGAUGCGGUCGACGCUGUCAACUCUGCCACGUCUGGACCCUGGGGCGACCCGGCUGGCCUCGACAUGCGUCGUGCCAAUGACGAAAACGUCGUCCUGUUCCGCGAGGCCGUUGGCAUUCCGACAGCGAGCACACGGCCCCCGACCCCGUCCGCAGACGCCAGCCACCGUCCAGCGCGGCAUGACCCCGAAUCUGGUGGUGUCCCCCCCGAUUCCAUGCCCACGGGCAUCUAUGCCCGCGUCAUCAAGGAGAAGAAGGCCAAGAUGUGGCAAGCCUCUGUGCUCAACGGCCUCCUGAACGCCUGCCACGUGGCCCAGAUUUUGGUGGGUGCCGUGCUCACGACGCUCGGGCCCUCGGCGCAGGACCACACGGUGGCCAUUACCGUGCUCGGGGCCACCAACACGGUCCUCGCCGGCGUGUUUGUGCUCAUGAAGGGCCAGGGCUUGCCCGGCCGGCUCCGCAAAAAUGCUGCGACGUUUCGGCGCGUGCAGGACUGGAUCGAGGAGACGGACGCGCUGUUGGUGGCCGGUGUGGUUGGUCGUGAUCGGCGCGACGUUGGCUCGCUCGUCGAGACGGCCUUUCAAAAGUACAACGCCGCCGUGGCCAAUGACCAGGCCACGGGCUGGCAAGAUCCGACCAAGCAACACCUCCCCGAUGCGGCCAACGAUGUUGUGGCCCGCGGCAUGCCGUCGACGCCCGCACCUGUGCCCGUGCCCGCUGGAAAUGGUGGUUCGGCCACAAGCUCUCCGGUCGUCCCGGCCUUGCCUGCUAGCAGCUCGCACGCCACCGAACACAUGGACCAGGACGGAAACGCACACGGAACAUCUGAUGCGGCUGGUAGUGCCUCGAGCGAGUGA